GAAUAGAAACGUACUCAUCGGAUUUGGAGCACACGGUCGUGUGCAAACACACAUUGUCAAUCAACACAAAUACGAACACGCGGUGUAUAUCAAAAUAAAAUAAAAAAAGAAACGAAAUGAAAUAAAGAUACAUGCAUGUGGAGCAUUAACUGACAGAUUCGAUAUCAAUUUCUUAAAUACGUAGAAUCACAUUUUUUGACAGAAAUGCGAAAGAGUUGAAAAUUUAUCAUUACGCGAACGUUCAACCAUUCGAUCGCACAUUGUGAUUAAAUAAGUGCUUCAAUCAAAGGAACAAUUGAUAGAAAACAGUGAUACGUUCCAGAAAAAUAGACGGACUAGACACUAAGUAGUUGACAAAAUAUUUCACAUCUGAAUACAGUCACAUUUGAUAAAAGGAGUCCAGUACGACGAGAUUGGAUUUACCAAUUAAUUAAAUCAAUUAUCUGCAAAUAAAAAUCAAUUAUUAUAAGGACAGAAUAUGAAUUUCGAUGAUUAUGAACAAUUACCCACAACGUCACAUCUUCACAAUAUGAUUGCUGGCGGAGCAGCUGGCAUUUUGGAACAUUGUGUCAUGUAUCCGGUAGACUCUAUUAAGACACGAAUGCAGAGUCUGCUGUCACCCGCAACUAACCAUACUCUAGUCAGUACCUUUAGCCACAUGAUAAAAACGGAGGGAAUCUCAAGGCCAUUUCGCGGUAUUACAGCUGUUGUAGCUGGCGCUGGACCUGCACACGCAUUCUAUUUUGCAACAUACGAACAUUCAAAGAAAGUGAUGUCACAAGUAUUUCCUCAGUAUGAUCAUGUUAACUAUGUUAUUUCGGGUGUAACGGCAACAUUAAUUCAUGAUGCUAUUUCAAAUCCAACAGAAGUAAUAAAGCAACGAUUACAGAUGUACAAUUCGCCGUAUAAAACUGUUAUUAAUUGUGCCGCUGGUGUUUAUCGCAUUGAGGGAUUCAAAGCCUUUUACCGGUCAUAUAUAACCCAAUUAUGUAUGAAUCUACCACAUCAAACCAUACAUUUUACAACGUAUGAACUAUUUCAAAAUAAGCUGAACAAAGAACGCAAGUACAAUCCAGGUGUCCAUGUUGUGGCUGGUGGUGCAGCGGGUGCAAUAGCGUCAACGUUCACGACACCAUUAGAUGUUGUAAAAACUUUAUUAAAUACUCAAGAGACCGGCGCCGGUGUAACACGCGGAAUGAAGGAAGCAAUAAUACAGAUCUACACAGUGGCCGGUCCAUCGGGUUUCUUUAAAGGCUUGGUAGCUCGUGUGCUGUAUUCUAUGCCGGCAACAGCAAUUUGCUGGUCAACCUACGAAUUCUUCAAAUUUAUUCUAUCAAACAGAAACAACGAGAAUUACGUUACGUCUAGAGAAUUGCCUUCAAUAUCACAAAUGUAUAUUCGAGAACUUCAAAACAGUAAAAUUGAAAAAUAAAAAAAUGGGAAAUUGUGAUUAAAUGGUCAAUUUAUUUUUAA